AUGAGCUUGAACAAGUAUUCCAAACCAACUUUAAACGAUCCUAACUUAUUUAGAGAAUCUGCCUAUAUUAAUGGCGAAUGGGUCAAAGGUACGGACGAGGUUUUUGAGGUGGCAGACCCUGCUUCUGGUGAAAUCAUAGCAAGAGUUCCUGAACAACCAGUCUCUGUGGUUGAAGAAGCGAUCGAUGUUGCUUAUGCCGCCUUCAAGACUUACAAAAAUACAUCGCCAAGAGAGAGAUCUAAAUGGCUCAGAAACAUGUAUAAUUUGAUGCUUGAAAAUCUGGAUGAUUUGGCUACAAUCAUAACGUUAGAAAAUGGGAAAGCCCUGGGAGAAGCUAAAGGGGAAAUCAAAUAUGCAGCUUCGUAUUUUGAGUGGUAUGCUGAGGAAGCACCUCGUUUAUAUGGUGCUACCAUUCAACCUUUGAAUCCUAACAACAGAGUCUUCACUGUCAGGCAACCUGUUGGAGUAUGUGGUAUAAUCUGUCCUUGGAAUUUUCCAAGUGCUAUGAUUACAAGAAAGGCAGCUGCUGCCUUAGCUGUGGGUUGUACAGUACUCAUCAAGCCAGACUCUCAAACACCACUGUCUGCGUUAGCAAUGGCCUACUUGGCUGAAAAAGCCGGCUUCCCCAAGGGUUCAUUUAAUGUUAUCCUUUCACACGCCAACACACCAAAGCUAGGUAAAACUUUAUGCGAAUCCCCAAAAGUCAAAAAAAUUACUUUUACUGGUUCGACAAACGUCGGAAAAAUCUUGAUGAAACAAUCUUCUUUAACUUUGAAAAAAUUAUCAUUUGAACUAGGUGGUAACGCCCCAUUUAUUGUCUUUGAAGAUGCGGAUUUGGAUCAGGCCUUGGAACAAGCCAUGGCUUGCAAAUUUAGGGGUUUGGGCCAGACCUGUGUGUGUGCAAAUAGACUUUAUGUUCACUCCUCUGUAAUUGACAAGUUUGCCAAAUUACUGGCAGAGAGAGUCGGCAAAUUCGUAAUUGGUCAUGGUUUAGAUCCAAACACUACUCAUGGUUGCGUCAUUAACUCAGAUGCUAUUGAGAAAGUCGAAAGACAUAAGCAAGACGCCGUUGGCAAGGGCGCUAAAGUUGUACUUGAAGGUGGCCGCCUACCCAAUUUGGGGCCUAACUUUUACGCUCCGGUUAUAUUGUCGCACGUGCCAUCGAUAGCUAUUGUUUCCAAAGAGGAAACUUUUGGUCCACUAUGUCCAAUUUUUUCAUUUGACACUAUGGAGGAAGUUGUUGGUUAUGCAAAUGAUACUGAAUUUGGUUUAGCAGCAUAUGUGUUUUCUAAAAAUGUCGACACAUUAUAUACUGUGUCCGAAGCUUUGGAAACUGGUAUGGUCUCAUGUAAUACGGGUGUUUUCUCGGAUUGUUCUAUACCAUUUGGUGGUGUUAAGGAAUCAGGCUUUGGAAGAGAGGGCUCACUAUAUGGUAUUGAGGACUACACCGUUUUGAAGACUAUCACAAUCGGUAAUUUGCCAAAUAGUAUUUAA